UUCACGGUGCGCCAAUAUGGCCACUCAUUCUAGUUUUUAUUUAGUUAACAGAUGAAGUGAAAAUUAAUUUUAGUUUCUAUAUUAAAUAAAAUAUAUUCUUGUUAUGAAUUGAAGUGCUCUAGUGAUAGUGUUUUAAAAGUGAAUUCAGUGAAAUUAGUAUUUUAGUUUAAUUAGAAUGGUUACGUAAAAUAUUACAAGAAAACUAAAAUACCUAACUAAAGUACAAUUAAGUGAAAUAACGUAUGGUACCUAUUUAUAGAUGGGUUUUUACAUAGGCUAUGUUUUAUCCCCGUAUUCUCACAGAAACGGGAACUACACGGAAGAGACAGAGACGCCAGGGCGUCUUCUAGUAGUCAAUACAUCAUCACUGAAUUAACAUUUCAGUGGAUCGUACAAUUAAGCCUCAACUUUAAGACGGCGAAGAAAAUCAACGGAAAAUGUUGAAACGGUGAUAUUUGUGAAUGGAACUCGAAGUGGACUAUUUAGUUAAAAACAGUGCAAAAUGAAGUGUAAUAUAGUGUUUAUACUGGCGUAUAUGACAUUACUAGUUUUACAAUUGGUCAACGCAAGUAGAGUGCAUGCUGUAAGUUAUUUAAACAACUCCACAGUCCAAGAAAUGGAGUUCAAGUCAGAAUCCAGCUUAUCUCUACGAGACAUAUUGCCGGUCAAAGCCAAGUACUACGAUAAGAACAGAGCGCCGAAACUCUUGGGGCAGCCUACUAUAGUCUACUUCCAUGUCACGGUGCUAUCUCUGGAUUCCAUAAACGAAGAGAGUAUGACAUACGUAGCAGACAUAUUCCUGGCGCAGUCCUGGAGGGACCCUCGUCUCCGACUGCCAGAAAACAUGCACGAAGAGUACCGCAUUCUCGACGUGGACUGGCUCAACAACAUCUGGAGACCAGACUGCUUCUUCAAGAACGCGAAGAAGGUCACCUUCCACGAGAUGAGCAUUCCCAAUCACUAUCUGUGGCUGUAUCAUGAUAAAACUCUGCUGUAUAUGUCCAAAUUAACGUUGGUUCUGUCUUGCGCUAUGAAGUUCGAGUCUUACCCACACGAUACUCAAAGCUGCUCUAUGAUGAUUGAAAGCUUAUCACACACAGUUCACGACCUGGUGUUUAUUUGGAACCUGACCGACCCCCUGGUGGUCAACCCGGAGAUAGAACUGCCGCAGCUGGACAUCUCUAACAACUAUACCUCGGACUGCACCAUUGAAUAUUCUACAGGUAACUUCACAUGCCUAGCCGUGGUAUUCAACCUCCGUCGUCGGCUGGGCUACCACCUCUUCCACACCUACAUCCCGUCAGCGCUGAUCGUCGUCAUGUCCUGGAUAUCAUUCUGGAUCAAACCCGAAGCUAUACCUGCCAGAGUCACUCUGGGUGUCACGUCGCUUUUGACUUUGGAUCGUUUUGCAGCUACCCAAAACACGCAGUCUCAGCAGAGUCUGCCACCAGUUUCCUACGUCAAGGCGAUAGAUGUGUGGAUGUCUUCGUGCUCAGUAUUUGUCUUCCUAUCGCUGUUCGAGUUCGCAGUAGUGAACAACUACAUGGGACCCGUAGCCACUAAAGCCAUGAAGGGGUACUCUGAUGAAGACCUGUCUAGGGAGCUGGAUGCCUAUAAACAUAUAUUUCCAAACUCCGUGGAUCCUCGAGCUAGUACGUCUGCCUCACUUCCACAAUACGACACUUUCUGUAACGGAAGGGAGACGGCUGUAUACAUCGAUCGUUUCUCUCGCUUCUUCUUUCCGUUUUCGUUCUUCAUCCUUAAUGUUGUCUAUUGGUCUACAUUUUUGUAAGCCUGUACUUGUAUUUUUGAGACGUUAAUAAUAUAUUAAGAUAGGUGCAAAAUUUAUUUGGUUAGGUAUUAAAUGUUUGCAAGGGAAAUGUAGUUUUGUACUGUCAUUAGGAACGCUUACAGGGAAAUUUUGGAAAUUGGUUUAAAUAUUGAAUUUUUGUCCAAAUAUUGAAUGAUCCAAUAUGUAGUAAUAUCCAAGUUCUUAGAAACCAGUGCCUGUAACUGUAAUAAUUUUCUAGAGAGAAAUGAAUAUACAUCUAAUAGGUCGCAUUCAGGCACUGAAUUUAUUUUAUCAUGGUGUUCUUUUUUCUUUAAAAGAUAAAAGUUUUCUUUAACAGAAGGUAGAAAGAAGAAAGUGCAAUCACCUUUUUGUGAAAUUAAUUUAAUAAUAUUAUCUUAGAUAUUAAGUUACAAUAAAGAACUUGCCAAUUUUUUAAUAUAUGUGUGACGAAAUAAAAUUGUUGAUUAUUUGCUAUUAUUUUUGCAAAGUUUGUAAGUUUCACUUAAUUAUAAGUAUUUAGUUAAUCAAUAGGUUCAUAGUAUAGUUUCUUAACCGAUUAACAUAUCUUGAACUAAAUUGAAAGGUUUAAAAAUGUUUGAAUUGCUGAUAGCUUUCGUUUGUAUAUUAUAGAUAUACAUAAAUAGAAUAUAUUGUACAAAAAUAUUUAUUUAUUAUGUAUACUUUGUAAAAUACUUGGGAAACUGAAGAUUUCUUUGAUCUCGCAAUCGGAACAGCGUUCUAUAGUAUGUUAUAGUUGAUUAGCAUUAUCCUAAGAUUUUAUAGCAUCUUAAUAGUUAGUAGAGUUCAUUUUUAGUUGCGCUUUUUAGAAAAAAAUAAGGCAAAUGUACUAUAUUACGGGAUAUUUUCUACUUUGAGGAUAACUUUCGUAAAACGUUGGAAGUAAAAAUGGUUUUUCGAAAACAUAAUUUUCGCUUAUAGUCUUUGGUUUAUAGAAAUCUUAAUUUUGCGGGAAUUCGAAUAUUCUUCAUUUUAAAUUAAAUUCUUGAAAUUAAGUUAAUAUUGCAAAUAUUCUUUAAAAAAAAAUAUUUGCAGGUAUAUAACAUCAUGAUAUUACUCGCAUUUUACCGACUGUUUCUUAUUUUGAGACAAAAACAUCGAUUUGCAUCCGAAUUUACUAAUAUUAAAAAGAUGAAGUUUGUUUGUUUGUGUGAUUGAACGCGCUAAUCUCAGGAACUACUGGUUCGAUUUGAAAAUUUCUCUCUGUGUUAGAUCGCCCAUUUAUUGAGAAACGCUAUAGGCUAUAUAAUAUUCCCAUUCCCCGUACUCCUACGGGAACAGGAAUCACGCACGUAAAACCGCGCGAUGUCAGCUAGUAAUGUAAUAUCCUGAAAUAGUGUACAUUUAUCUAACUUAAUUUUAAAAGAUUUGGUUGUCAAUGUUAAAUUAAUUUUAAUGAAACAGGUAUGUAAAAACUUAUAUUCACAAAGCUUAUGUAUAGUUCCAACAUAAGGCGGUUAAAAAUCAGUCUUAUAUAGAAAGUUAAUUUACUUUUUGUAUACUCAUGCAAAGGUUCAAGAUUUGCGAAUACGGAUGUUGUAUGUACGGAUAUUGUGUUGAUUACUGUCAUCAUCAUCAUAUCAGCUAAUGGACGUCCACUGCAGGAUAUAGAACUUUGUAGGGACUUCCAAACAUCACGAUACUGAGCCACCUGCAUCCAGCGAAUCCCUGCCACUUGAUGUCGUCAGUCCAUCUGGUGGGGGUUCGGCCAACACUGCGGGGUCGCCAUUCCAGCACCUUGGGACCCCAACGUCCAUCGGCUUUUCAAACUAUGUGCCCAUUGCCACUUCAGCUUCGCAACUCGUUGAGCUAUGUCGGUGACAUUGGUUCUUCUGCGGAUCUCCUCAUUUCUGAUUCGAUCACGAUCGAUUCGAUCAUACUCCUAACAUAGCUCGUUCCAUCGCCCGCUGUGUGACUGUGAGCCUUCUUAUGAGGCCCAUAUUUAGUUAACUAUGUAUUACUGUAGAAUAAUUAAAAAAAUAAAUUUAAUGACAAAGAA